CAUUAACCUCGUGAUCUUUUCCUAGCUCCCCGCUGCUAUUUUGUAGUUCCAUUAGAACGUCGGCAGCCUCUCCCAGACUUUGCAAGAACCAUGAGGACGAGAGAGUGGUUUCUCCACCUGCUCCUGCUGCAGCAGAGCGUUUCCCAUGUCAUAGAUUGGACGUACAGAGAAGGGGAAUUGGAUGAAGCCCACUGGGGAACCCACUUUGUGGACUGCCUGGGAAAGCAACAGUCCCCCAUCAAUAUUCAGAAGGCGAAAGUCAAGUACAACCCAGAACUGGAGCCACUGGAGUUUGUGGGUUAUGGUGGACCCUUACAAGGAAGUUUCACAAUGACCAACAACGGACAUUCAGUGCAGAUAGGCCUACCUUCAACUAUGACCAUUACCAGAGGACUUCCUGAUACCUUCACAGCUGUCCAGUUCCAUUUUCACUGGGGAGGACUGGACCUCGAAGCCAGCGGAUCUGAACAUACCAUCAAUGGGAUGCGAUACAUUGCUGAACUGCACAUCGUCCAUUACAAUUCAGGCAAAUAUUCAAGUUUCGAAGAGGCAAAAGAUAAACCCAAUGGACUGGCAGUCCUGGCUUUUCUGUAUGAGGGUGGGAGCUUAGAAAAUACUUACUACAGCACUUUCAUUGCCAACUUGGCCAAAAUCAAAUAUGCGGGGCAGUCAACUACGCUCAACACCCUUGACAUCUUGUCCCUGUUGCCUGAAAACCGGGCAAAUUUCUACAGAUACUCCGGCUCCCUUACUACACCUCCCUGUUCAGAGACUGUGAUCUGGACUGUAUUUGACACAACCAUCAAACUGUCUCAUGCGCAGGUUGCGAUGUUGGAGAACGCUUUGCUUGACUGGAAGAACGAAACCUUGAGAAACGACUACCGCCGGGCCCAGCCCCUCCAUGGCAGGGUGGUUGAAUCGUCUUUCCAGGCUAAGCUUGCUGAAGGCUUUUGCCACCCAGAAACCUUCACUUUGAAACUUGAUGAAAUACGGACCCACCUUCAGGAAAUGAAGAAGUAUCUUGUGGACAUCAUGAGCAAGUCUGAAAUCAGAUCAGGACCAACCCAGGCCUUUUACUUCCCCCAUGAGAACGUCGGCAGCUCCGUUGAGGUGCGGCCUCUGCUGGAGAUGGAUUUCAGCGCCUUCACGCUUUGCUUCGGGGCCGAGAACCAUAACGAAGGGACCCAAACAGUGUUCCACUAUUCUACCCUGGAGAGGGACAAAGAAUUGGUGGCCACCGUAGGCUCAACUGUGGGCGUGUGGAUCGGUGGUCAGUCUCUGCAAUUUGACCUGCAUCGCGAGGCUAAAGAGUGGGUUCACUACUGUGUUACGUGGGACUCUGACAGUGGGACUGUGCAUUUGUGGGUCAAUGGAGCAAAAGGAACAGGCAAAAAUGUUGAAAAGGGAUACGUCAUCCACAAGGGUGGGACGGUCGUCCUCGGGAAGGAGAAGAAUUUGCUGCUUGACAUUUUCUCCCAUGGGUUCUCUGGUUGGCUGAGUCACGUCAACCUCUGGAAUCACGUCCUUGACCACUCAGAUGUCCAGAAGCUGACCACCUGCAGGAACGGGGCCGAGAAGGGGAACGUCAUCGCUUGGGGGGAGACUCCCAUGACGUUGUUUGGCGGAGUGGUUUUGGACACCAACAGCAAUUGCAAAUAAUGCUCGUUUGAAGAACAGCAGCCUUGGAAGUUGGUGCUGGAGAAAACUCCGACUCGUACAAACGUAGUAUUAAUUUUUUUCUGCACACUACUCACAGGACUGCUUCCUUUUCCUUCCAUUCUGAUCUCUCUCUUUUUUUUUAAUGUCGCUGUUCCAAAGACUUUGUGCCAGAGCUUUGUGCCAGAUAACACAAACCGUUUUUAUGACAAGGAAAUCUCACCGCAGGGUGAAAAUGCUCUGUAACUUUCCCUGCCUUUCGGCAUGUGGUAGAAUAGAUAUUCAGACAAUUAUGGGGAAUGGGGUGGGGCUGUGGAUCAAAGGGAAGAUGACUGCGUGGCUGUGUCUCCAUUUGGUUUAAUUACAGGGAUUUCUCACCUCAUGGUACAGCUGUUUUCUUUUCUGGACAGGAAUAAAGUGAGGAGUCUCUAUUAUCACAGAGAACAGGUAAAAACUAGGCCAGCUCUCUGCGUCCAUCCCUUCUUGGGAAUUUCUGUUUGUCCCCUGGUUUUGCUUCUUCCAUGAUUUCUGAGCACCCAAAUGUAUGACGUAAAAAUAUAUCUGCAUGAAGGAAGUCAGAUCUACUAUAUCUAAUAUCGUCAGAAUGCAGUGGGGAAGGGGCUGUGUCGAUAUACCAUCGUCUGUGCGAAGUUGCACAGUGCCGUAUGUGAGCAAAUCCCGCUGGGCACACAAAUACUGCCCGGUGCACAAAUGCAACUGAUUUUUGAAAGGCUAGUCUGCAGAGAGAAUCCUGGCAACCGUCCUUCACACACUGUGCCAAGGGAGGCUCUGCUCCUUCAGGCUGCUAUUGGUUAAAUCUGGGUGGUGUGUCAGAUGCUCAGCUCGGGUUUCUUAAAACAGGAGAGGGCACGUCCUCUGAAGCUGAAACAUUUGCAGAGGAAUGGAUGCUUUUAGAUCAACCCUAGCUGGGAAAUGGGGGGCCAUACUCGUGAAACUAGAACUGGGCGCGUUGUCCUCGGAGUUUGCCAAGGGCCAGAAAGUUCCCUUGAAAAACAAAUGUUUUCUCAGGGGGUUCUUUUCUUCUUCUUCCACUGUAUCUUGCGGAAACAGCACAGCCAUGUUAGUACAAUAAUAAAGUCUGAACCAGUUAAAGCUG